AUGGGCAGUGACCCGCGGAUUCUGGCAGGAGGCCAGCGCGGAACGGGUGUAAGGCGUCACGACGGUGUGGACGGGGUAGAUUCGUCCAAUUCGGCAAGUGGAGCAGACGGCGCGGAAGAAGCAGACGGCGCGGAAGAAGCAGCCGGCGCGGAAGAAGCAGACGGCGCGGAAGAAGCGGACGGCGCGGAAGGAGCAGACGGCGCGGGAGAAGCAGACGGCGCGGAAGAAGCAGACGGCGCAGAAGAAGCAGACGGCGCGGAAGAAGCAGACGGCGCCAUCCCGAUGGCGCGGGAUGGUGAGAGGGAGGAAGUGGCGGAAGAAGGGCGCGACGGAGAGAGCAAGGAGGCGGGAGGAAAUUGCUCGCCGGUAAGGAUGCGCGGAGGCGGCGCGAAGCAUCACGGGAACAUGACGACAGGUUGUUCGCCGGAAGACAUGCGCAGGGGAAGCGUGAGGCGCUGCGGGAGCACGGAUGCAAACGGAUUGGCAGACGAAGGGCGUGAGGAGGGCGCGAGGCACCGCGGGGGCGCGAAUGCAGACGGAUUGGUAGACGAAGGGCGCGGGGGCGCGGAUGCAGAUGGUACGGUGGACGAAAUAGGUGGAAACAGCGUGAGGCACUGCGGAGGCAAGGAUGCAGGUCGCUCGGCAGACGAAAUGCGAGGUGGCAGCGCAAGGCGCCGCGGGAGAGCGGAUGCAGACAGCUCGCCAGAACGGAUGCGCGGGAGUGGCGGGAGGCGCCAAGGGAACAUGGCGGCAGAUCGUUCGCCAGAGGAGGUGCGCGAGGGAGAUGCGAGGCGCCGCGGAACCGCAGCGGCAGGUCGCUCGCCGGACGAUGUUCGGGAGGACAGCAGGAAAAACCAUGCGCCAACGGGACGGUACAGCUCGCCUGAGCUGCGAGGACGUGGGAGGAGACGCGUGGCGAUGGCCGCGCGGCGAUCGCCAGAGAGGAAGAACGGGGCAGACGAGCAGGUCCGGACGGGGAGCGAGGGGAUUGUGAGGAAAGAGAUGGGUGGUGCUCACCAGAGAGAGGAGGGGGGCGUGAGGAGGGACGCAUCAGGGAAGGUGCACGACGAUCGCUGGGCGCAACAAGGGCAAAAGAAAGGGGGAGAGGGAACCGACGGCGGCGGGAAGAUGUGGAGCGAGAAAGGCGGUAUCAGGAGCACUCGCAUGAUGGGAAGGAAAGGCGGUGGGACGGAGCAGAGAAGCAGAGAGAGCGAGGAAGGAGUCCGAGCACAAGGGGCCCGAGGGGGCGAUGGCAAUCAGGAGGAGGAUCCGAAGGAGCCAGAGCGGCCAGAGAGGGGACAGAACGGGCACUACAUGUGGCUGCGCAGUGGGGGCAGGGACAUACGAAGGGAGCUAGUGAGUAAGGUGGGGGCAUGGGCAUGUAUGUCAGUAACACCAGCAGCAGCGGGAGCAGAGGAGCAGGACGAGCAGGCGGGGGCAGGAGCGUGCGUACCAGCAGCAGCGGGAGCGGAGGAGCGGGAUGAGCAGGUGGGGUCAGAAGCGUACGUACCAGCAGCAGCGGGAGCGGAGGAGCGGGAUGAGCAGGUGGGGGCAGAAGCGUGCGUACCAGCAGCAGCAGGAGCAAAGGAGCGGGAUGAGCAGGUGGGGGCAGAAGCGUGCGUACCAGCAGCAGCAGGAGCAAAGGAGCGGGAUGAGCAGGUGGGGGCAGAAGCGUGCGUACCAGCAGCAGCAGGAGCGAAGGAGCGGGAUGAGCAGGUGGGGGCAGAAGCGUGCGCACCAGCAGCAGCAGGAGCAAAGGAGCGGGAUGAGCAGGUGGGGGCAGAAGCGUGCGCACCAGCAGCAGCAGGAGCAAAGGAGCGGGAUGAGCAGGUGGGGGCAGAAGCGUGCGUACCAGCAGCAGCAGGAGCGAAGGAGCGGGAUGAGCAGGUGGGGGCAGAAGCGUGCGUGCCAGCAGCAGCGGGAGCGGAGGAGCGGGACGAGAAGGUGGGAGCAGAAGCGUGUGCAUUAGCAGCGGCGGAAGCGGGAGGGAAGAACGAGAAGGUGGGGGCAUGGUCGGGUGUACCAGUGGCAGCAGAAGCGGAAGGGAGGGAAGGGAAGGUGGGGGCACAGGCGGGCAUGACAGCAGUAGCGGAAGCGGAAAGCGGGGCAGUGAAGGUGGGGGCACAGGCGUGCAUGACAGCAGUAGCGGAAGUGGAAAGCGGGGCAGUGAGGGUGGGGGCACAGGCGGGCAUGACAGCAGUAGAGGAAGCGGAAAGCGGGGCAGUGAAGGUGGGGGCACAGGCGGGCAUGACAGCAGUAGCGGAAGCGGAAAGCGGGGCAGUGAAGGUGGGGGCACAGGCGUGCAUGACAGCAGUAGCAGAAGCGGAAAGCGGGGCAGUGAAGGUGGGGGCACAGGCGUGCAAACCAGAAGUAGCAGAAGCGGCAGGGAGGGAAGAGAAGGAGAGAGCACAGGCGUGCGCAGCAGCAGCAGCGGAAACGGAAGAGGAAAGGAAAGAAGAGAAGUUGGGGGGCACAGGCGUGUGCAGUAGCAGCAGCAGAAGAGGAAGGGAAAGAAGCGAGGUUGGGGGCACAGGCGUGUGCAGUAGCAGCAGCAGAAGAGGAAGGGAAAGACGAGAAGUUGGGGGGCACAGGCGUGUGUAG